AUGGGCCACACCGAACACCGUGCUGCUUUUAACCGACGAGAGGUAGUCGAGCUCCAACAGCGCUUAACGAGUUUUCUUCUCAUCUUCACUGCCGUCGCUAUCGCUUUUGUCGUGCUGGUUGCGUCGAUGCAAACGAGGGUGGCAACGUGCCAGACACAAGCAAGUAUGGCAAUUCACAGCAUGUACGGCCGGUUCGGCUCAAAUAACAGUACCGUGCUGGAUACAAUUGUUGCUUCUCUCGGUAUUAGUGGUGUACGAGUCGUACCCGUGGAAGUCGCCGCAAGUCAUCAGGCCAUAAAGCUUGAUGUUUUCGACACGUCCCAAGCGACGCUGCAGAGUGCAGGCUUUCGUCUCGCGCGACAGUCGGGCCUUGCCUCAGUUGUACUGUGGAAAUUGUUGUACAUUGAUCAUUCUCUGUGUGACCCCGAGCGCACAAUAUCGAUGGAGGCCCUCCCGAACGUGGACUAUGAGAAAGCUUCGUACCGCGUGAAGGCGAUUACUGUCGACAACACGCGGUUAUUUUUGUACGAAACCAAUGUUGCCACGAAGGAUAAGGAUCGUAUUACCACAUUUUCGCAGCUCCAGUCUGUGUUUCCUGGUUUCAAUUCAAAGGUCGGAACGCCGCACAUGAUCCUGACCAAAUCUCUAAGUAUAGAGCCCGAAUUUGUGGCGGAGCUUUACCGGGGCUCCACAUCCCUUAGUGUUGAACUCCGUGUGGAGAAAAUACAGCAAGUGGACAACCAUACUCCCAUCUGGCGCAUCCUUGUUGUAGCGCGAAGUCCACAAGCGGAGCAGAAUUUCCACAGGGUUCAUAAAGUCGUUGCAAAUGCAUUAGCUGGCGUAGGAGCGUUGUGCAACAAGGAGGGCUGUGGCACGAGCAUUGUCGACGAGUUCUUCUUGUGA